UUUGAAUGAAACAAAAGCGGGAAAGCAAAUGCUAGUAAAGAAGAAAAUCGAAAGAGGGAGUGUGAGAGAGAAAUGGAAGAAACGAUAUCUGAAUUUAGCAAAAGCGUAGGCAGCUUCUGCAACCACCUCCAGUCUAGCUGCGACGCUCUCAAACAAUCCAUCGACCGCCGCCCCAUCCCUCUCGAUUCGGCUUCAUCUACGUAUAUCCAGUGCUUAAACAGAAGUGUAGCGAGCGCAAGCAGCGAUCUCAACUUACUAGAAUCGAUGUCAUUUGGUACCGUUUCUUUUGAGGAAUUAUUAGGUCAUUGCAAUGAAGUUUACAAGAACAGUGAGAAUCGUAUUCUUGAUAUUCAAGAUCGUCUCAGGAGCUUCGGUUAUGUUCCUGCUGAAGUUGAGAUUGAUGAUGAAGCGGAUUUGAGUGUAUCGAUGGCGCUAGGUUUAAACUUGAAGGAUGAAAUGGACCCUUCUGCAGCUUAUAAUGAACCGGUGUCUGUGGCAAGUUCAAUCAUGAAGAGUUUGGAAGAGGAUCCUUUAAUGGACGGGACGUUGAGCUUAAAGAGUCUUGGGCUUUCAGAUGUCUGUCUUGCCACUUUAGCAGCUGAAGCUAACAGUAAGAUAAAUGAUCCCGAUAUAUCUAUGAGAGACACAAAGAAGUAUUAUGGAGACAAUUUACAAAACGUGAAGAUUCUGGACGAAAAUACUGCAAAUAUGGGAGUAAUUGAAGGUGAACUGGAACCAGCUGAAGCUCUUAGGGCUGUUGUGAAGGCUUCAAAGGAUGAUUAUGAAAGUCUUCCUUCCUACAUGAAAAGUCUAACAUCAUGGGAGGAUCUGCUUGCUGCCGUUGAGAAAAUCAACUCCAGCCUAAAGAAGAAGGAUAAAACGAAGGGAAAUAAUUAUUUCCGCCAAAAUGAAAUCACAUCAAUGGAUUUAGGGCCUAAAGCAAGAACUUAUUUGCUGCUGCUCACACGCAUGAAUCAGCUGGCUGUUGAAACUGUUGAUGGCUUGAUAUCCUAUAAAGUUCUAUAGACAAGAUAUGAUCCCUUUCGCAUACAACUGGCUUAGUAGAUUAAACCAACUGUGCCUUCAAUUUUUAUGAAAAUUUUCUGCAA